UUGAGGGAAGAAGAGAGCUGGGCUGAAAGUCGGACGGUUCUGCAUCCCGGCGUGGAGCUGCGAGCAGCGGGCAGCCCGGUGAGCCUCGCCGCCGCUGCUGCAGCUCCGGCAGGACCGUCAUCCUCUCGGCUGGCGCUGAUUGGCUGCUUCCAAUGACAGCUCCGCACAUGAUUGCGGGAGGAGAAGCCCCACCCCCUUUCACUCUUCUUAAGGAGCCAUUCAUAAACUACUCAAACCCAGCGCCGAGCUGAGACUGGACGAAAAGUGAGCGAGGGCAGAGAAAGGCACGAAGAAGAGAUGAAAGCUCCAGCAGCUCGGCGUCUUUAAGCCCGUCCAGCCACCUGGUUCUGACCCAGAACCUGAAUAUGACUCCCUGGAAGUGCUCAUGACCGGGACUGAUAAUCUAUCAGGCUGCUCAGACUCAUUUCUAUCCGCUUCCUCCUUCUCACACUGACGUCCAUCCGCUGCUAAAAGCAAGAAGAAGAAAAAAAAAAAAGAAAAGAAAGAAAAAAAAAAACUUUGAUCCAACAUUUUUUUCUUCUUUUUUUUUUUUUCGCUGCUCUGGAAGCUUUUGCCUCUGGCUUUAACGGUAAGCGUUGGAUCCGUCAACUUACUGCGACUCUCCGGUGUACAGCCCGGACCUCUGCCCCAACAUGAUCGCGACGCAGGCGAAGCUGGUGUACCAGCUCAACAAAUACUACAACGAGAGAUGCCAAGCGCGCAAGGCGGCCAUUGCGAAGACCAUAAGGGAGGUUUGCAAAGUGGUGUCGGAUGUCCUGAAGGAGGUGGAGGUGCAGGAGCCCCGCUUCAUCAGCUCCCUCAGCGAGAUCGACGCGCGCUACGAAGGGAUGGAGGUUAUCUCCCCGAACGAGUUCGAGGUGGUGCUCUACCUCAACCAGAUGGGGGUCUUCAACUUCGUGGACGACGGCUCGCUGCCCGGCUGCGCGGUGCUGAAGCUGAGCGACGGCCGCAAGAGGAGCAUGUCGCUGUGGGUCGAGUUCAUCACCGCCUCGGGCUACCUCUCGGCCCGAAAGAUCCGCUCCCGGUUCCAGACUCUGGUGGCGCAGGCCGUGGACAAGUGCAGCUACCGCGACGUGGUGAAGAUGGUGGCCGACACCAGCGAGGUCAAGCUGAGGAUCAGGGAGCGGUACGUGGUGCAGAUCACCCCCGCCUUCAAGUGCACGGGCAUCUGGCCCAGAAGCGCGGCGCAGUGGCCCAUGCCGCACAUCCCCUGGCCCGGACCGAACCGGGUGGCCGAGGUCAAGGCGGAGGGCUUCAACCUCCUGUCCAAAGAGUGCUACUCGCUGACGGGGAAGCAAAGCUCGGCGGAGAGCGACGCCUGGGUGCUGCAGUUCAGCGAGGCCGAGAACAGGCUGCUCAUGGGCGGCUGCAGGAAGAAGUGUCUGUCGGUCCUGAAGACUCUGAGGGACCGGCACCUGGAGCUGCCGGGCCAGCCGCUCAACAACUACCACAUGAAGACCCUGCUGCUGUACGAGUGCGAGAAACACCCGCGGGAGACGGACUGGGACGAGUCGUGCCUGGGAGACCGGCUGAACGGCAUCCUGCUGCAGCUCAUCUCCUGCCUGCAGUGCCGCAGAUGCCCCCACUACUUCUUGCCAAACUUGGACUUGUUUCAGGGAAAGCCUCACUCGGCCCUGGAGGCUGCGGCGAAGCAGACGUGGAGACUAGCGAGGGAAAUCCUCACCAACGCCAAAAGUUUGGACAAAUUAUAGAACAGGCGCCGAGAGACUUUUUUUUGUUUGUUUGUUUUAAUUUGUGGGAUCAAAUCUAUAAGACAUUCUGCAACCGAGUCUCCAAGAAAUGUGAAGAAAAAAAAAGCCGUAGCAAAGCAAAACCUUUUGAAUAAAUCGGAGCAAAUUGGGCCGCUGCCGCAGAAACAAGUGAAG